AUGUCUGAAAUCACACAUCCAACCAUCAAAGAUGGCUGGUUCCGCGAGAUCUCUAACAUGUGGCCUGGCCAGGCCAUGACUCUCAAAGUCAACCAGGUCCUCCACCACGAGAAAUCCAAAUACCAAGACGUCCUCAUCUUUGAAUCCAGCGAUCAUGGCACAGUACUGGUCCUCGACAAUGUCAUACAAUGCACAGAGAGGGAUGAAUUUGCCUACCAAGAAAUGAUAACCCACCUCGCCAUGAACUCCCACCCCGAUCCUAAAUCCGUCCUCGUCAUCGGCGGUGGUGAUGGCGGUGUCCUCCGUGAAGUCGUCAAACACUCGACAGUUGAGACUGCAAUCCUCUGCGACAUCGACGAGUCCGUAAUCCGUCUCUCUAAGAAAUACCUACCAGGCAUGAGCAUAGGCUUCCAACAUCCAAACGUCUCUACGCACAUCGGUGACGGGUUCAAAUUUCUGGCGGAUAAGAAGAACGAGUUCGACGUCAUCAUCACAGACAGCAGUGAUCCAGAGGGUCCAGCAGAGAGUUUGUUCCAAAAGCCAUACUUUGAGCUAUUGUACGGGGCACUGAAGGAAGGCGGGGUUAUCACGACCCAAGCGGAAAACCAGUGGCUCCACCUCUCCCUCAUUACCGACCUCAAGAAAUCCUGCAAGGAAGUCUUCCCUACUGUCGAGUACGCCUACACCACCAUCCCCACCUAUCCUUCGGGCCAGAUCGGCUUCAUGGUGUGCAGCAAGGACAAAGAUAGAGACGUCACAACGCCGGUGCGCAGCUGGGAUACUCAAGAGGAGGACAAGCUAUGUCGAUACUACAACAAGGAGAUUCACAAGGCGAGCUUUGUGUUGCCGACAUUUGCAAGGAAGGCGUUGCGGUGA